AUGCUGGAGGUUGCUGACCAAGAUGCUGCAGAAGAUGCACCAGAAGUAGCCGUGACAUUGGAAGCUGGGAACGACGAUGCGCUCGCAGAGAUCAUUGCAGAAGACUGUGGGACUGACUGUGAGAAUUCGCCGGUGGUAGCUCUGGACUGGGACGGUGACGAGGUCCACGACGCGACCGACGAGGUUGUGCCGCUUGAAGCUUGGGAUGACUGCACAAUCGAAGAGGUGGCUGCGGACGACUGCUCAGAGGACGUGCGACUGCUUGAGGACGCAUCGGCAGAGCUUGACGCCCAGGCUGAAGUCGUUCCAGUGGCAGUCGUAGAAGCCGAAGCCGAAGACGAAGAAGUACCAGAAGUGCUCGAAGGGGCGGGAGAGGCCGUGGAGGCAACAUCCGAGGAGCUGGAGGUCCAGACAGCUGAUGAACCCAGAGAUGACGUUGCCUCCGAAGUUGCCUGCGAAGAAGACUGGCUAGCAGACGAUGAGCUGGAUGACACAGAUGCAGUGCUUGAGGCAGCUGAAGAAGCCCAUGCUGAGCUACCAGAGGAUGAGGAGGAGCUGCUGGUGGAAGCCUCCUGUGAGGUUGCAACGCUUGAUGACGGCACCGUUGAGCUCACCUCGGAGGCAGUCACGAUCGUGGCAGAGGAAGACGGCGAGGACUGCUGUGUCUGCGACGAUACAGGCGAAGGCACCACGACGACAGGCGGGGCACCAGUGGAGGCGGCCUCAGACGAAGUCGCAGAUGAUGCUCCAGAGCUAGCCGGAGGCAUGCUUGAGGUCGGCGUAACAGCUAAAGACCAGGCUUGA